CGCUGACACGUGGCCGCGGCGCGGCGGGGGGAGGGAGCCGGCGGCCGCCGCGAUGUGAGCCGGCGGAGGCGGAAGGGCUGCCCGCAUGGCCGCGGGGGGCGGCGGCAGGAAUGUGCCGCUGUGCAGCGCCCAGCACGGCCCCCGCGCCGCGCCGCUCGACGGCAUGAGGAGGGAUGGCGGCGGGGACCCGUACUGGUCCAGGCCCGAGUCCCGUGUCUGGACAGUGUUGUUGCUGCUGGGGACAUGCCUGCUGUACUGCACCCGCGUCACCGUGCCCAUCUGCGCCGUCGCCCUGAGCACCUACUUCGACUGGGACAAGAAGCAGUCCGGCGUAGUGCUCAGCAGCUUCUUCUGGGGCUACUGCUUGACACAGAUUAUCGGAGGACAUAUCAGUGACCAAAUAGGUGGUGAGAAGGUCCUCCUCCUCUCGGCAUCAGCCUGGGGGUUCCUCACGGUCCUCACUCCGCUGCUCACCCAUGUCACUUCUGCACACCUCGUUUUUAUGACCUGCUCCAGGUUCCUCAUGGGGCUGCUGCAAGGGGUGUAUUUCCCAUCCCUGGCCAGCCUGCUGUCCCAGAAGGUCCGGGAGAGCGAGCGAGCCUUCACCUACAGCACGGUGGGGACCGGCUCACAGUUUGGGACGCUGGUGAUCGGCGGUGUAGGAUCUCUCCUCCUGGACUGGUACGGCUGGGAGAGUGUUUUCUACUUCUCUGGUUUUCUCACUCUGCUCUGGGUUUACUGCACCUGCAAGUACCUCCUGAGCGAGAAAGACCUCAUCAUCCCUGUAGACUAUUUAAUGAAAGGCCUCUCGAUAUCCAAGCAGACCAAGGUUCCCUGGAAGCAGCUGUUUAAGAAGGCACCUAUAUGGGCUGUCAUCGUCGCUCAGCUUUCUACGGCCAGCACGUUUUUCACCCUCCUCUCCUGGCUGCCAACUUUUUUUAAGGAAACUUUCCCCGAGUCAAAGGGCUGGGUGUUUAAUGUAGUCCCCUGGCUGGUUGCAAUUCCAACAAGCUUGUUCAGUGGAUUUCUGUCCGAUCAUUUAAUCAACCAGGGGUACAAAACCAUCACCAUUCGUAAGUUCAUGCAGGUCAUUGGCUCCGGCGUCUCGAGCAUUUUUGCUUUGUGCCUGGGCCAGACCUCCAGCUUCUGCAAAGCGAUAGUGUUCGCCUCCGCCUCUGUGGGGCUUCAGACCUUUAACCACAGCGGCAUUUCAGUAAACGUGCAGGACCUGGCCCCCUCGUGUGCUGGCUUACUGUUCGGUGUUGGGAAUACAGGUGGAGCCCUCCUAGGUGUCAUUUGCGUGUACUUGGCUGGCUACCUGAUUGAAACAACUGGCUCCUGGAUUGCUGUUUUCAACCUGGUGGCUGCUGUUAACAGCAUUGGCCUCUGUGCGUUCCUUGUGUUCGGAGAGGCCCAGAGGGUGGACACAGACUCUGCAUACAUGGAUCUCUAGAGAUGACUCCAGCAAGCAGCUGAAGGACAGGCGAGCGUCACAUCUAUGUGUCAUUGUUGCACAAGUGCCAAAGAACAUUUCUUUUUUUUUUUUUUUUUAGGUGUUUAACAGGAAAAAAAUAUACUGAGACCAAGUCUAUAAUGGGUCUGGAUGAAACCCAUGGGAGAAAAGAAAUAGAGAGUUCAUUUUUUGCUCAGGGCAUAGCUGAUGGCCUGCCAGAGCCAUCCAGCUCGACAUCUCCACUGAGGAUACGGCCCGUGUGCCCCAGUCCAUGUCUAGUGGACAGACCCAUGUGGCCAAAGCAGCGUACCCGGCUUGUCUCUGCAGGCUGCCGCGGUUUGUGUGCUCUGCCCUGGAGCGGUUCCUUGCUGUGCCAGCGGCAGGUCCCUCCAUGCUCUGCUGUCCUGGACCACAGGGAGGGUCCUGGCUCUCGAGCUGCCCCGCCACACGUGUCCUCUGAACUACACAAAAGGAAUAAUCCAAACGAACGUACCUCUGACCUUAACCCUCCCGUGCGUGCCUUCAUUUUGCAGUCUGCUUGGCCGGUACAUGCCAGGCGUACAAGUUGUGAGAUGGAUUCGGGGCAGGUCCUCUGGCUGGGCGCCCGCUGUGAACCCAGGGCCGCGAGGUUGUGUCAGUCCUGCCUGCACCGUGCUUGAGCUGAGCCCCGAACCCUGCGGCCAUCCCGGCGGGAGGGCAGCGCUCCAGGGCUCCCUCCUCUCCUGGGGCAUCUGCUCCAGCCCUGAGUGGGAUGGGGGUCACCUCCAGUGAGGGCAGAGGGACGCCGCAGGCACCCGUGGCCAGGCUUUGCUGGGCUGACCUUGCGGUGUAGGUGCAGCUGAGGAAUCCCCCGGGAGCUGUUUUGCCAUAUGCUGUGAAUGUAUAGAAAGAAGCGGUCAUAUUCUGUGCUGUGGACCUGACUCCCAGAUGCUUUCUGCUCGGUGAGACAUGUCCUCCACAUGCUGUCAGAGCGGCGCAGGAGAUGUUCCAAAGAGGCUGCAAGGGGCAGGUCUUGUUCCUACGUUAAGUAUAAAGCAAAUUUGUACAUUGAGGAUCCAUAGUCCUGGGUGUGGAUCCCUGCAGUUCCCUGUGUCAGAGGGAAAUACUCAGCUGUACACGCCUCUGAGCCUGAUUGUCUUAAGUUAUUUAUAAAUAUUUUUAAAUUUAAGUACCAAAUUCUAUAUUUUAUGGACCUGAGACCUGAUUCUGCAUGCUUAUUUUGGGUGGUACUCCCACCAAAACCCACAAUAUUUCUAGAAGGGAAGGAUUUACCAGCCUCCAGUUUCUGGUUUUGUAGGAUCUAUUUUAAAUGUGACAUUUCAUAUUGAAGCAAGUCAUUGCUUUUCCUCCCACCCCUUGCUUGCAGCCUGGCAGGAUCUCUUUGAUUCCUCUAGCCCUUACCAGAAAACUUCAGAUGAGCCUUGGGAGCAGAUUUCCCAAGGGACCUCGCUGUGCAGCGAAGCUAUAGGUUCGGAUUCAUCGUCCUUGAAAAAAAUAAUUGUCCCCUGCUCCUCCUUUUGUUUUGGCUAAAUUUCUUCUUGGAAGAUAUGCUGGAGCCGCGUUAAGUUUCUGAAUAGCUGGGUUUGUAGUGAAAAUACUGACAGGCUUUUAAUUGCAGAGACACUAACGUGUGCCGCUAAGCUUAAGCUGAGUUACUCCUCAGUAUUAAAGAGAUAAGGAUGCAACUGCCUGAUGUCUUUGGGAAAGAAUAUAGCAUCAGUGUGGCCCGACUGGGGGCCAGAGAGAUAAAGUAUUUUUUUCUCUUGUGCUUUUUUCUCUAAAAGGCUGGUUGCUGCCAUAGGUGCCUGUGUCUGGGGUGCUGCAGAACCAGGACACACAGAUGCUGCUGGGAAGCCUCCUAAAAUGAGUGGGUGAAAUGGGGAGGGCAGGCUGAGCAAAUGCAGCCCAGGCUUGCCAAAGGGGCCCGAGGCUGUGCAGGCAUCUCUGCCAGCCCUGUCCCUUGCCCAGUCUGAGCAGGUUAUUUGAACGGCCUUUUCUAUAGCGACAUAGGUUAAAAAAGGUGGUGGGGGGGUUGUUUUUGAGUUUGGGAUUUUUUUACAUCUUCCCUGGCCGUUCAGUGUUGCAGGUCAGGAGCACCAGGGGUGGAUGCUGGUCUUCUUUGCUGGUUGCACGGUUUCUUGUGGAAGAGUUGAUGAGUGUAGAUCACUCAUGUUCUAACCAGGCAGCUUGGCCACCCCUUGGCUCUGCAGGCUGGGAACUUGGGAACUAAGAGCUUCAAAGGAAAGUUGGCAUUGCUGGCUGUGCCUUCGUUGUAAGCCCAGCUAACACUUUGCUGGGCUGUCCAGAUUCUCUCUCUCUGUAAACUAGCUAAUAAAUUAAAUAUUUGAAGUACAUUUGAGGCUUAGGUUACAUUAGGUUUGCACCUCUUUGGGAAAGUACUGAAACCAUUUUACGCAGCUGCACUAUGUCUUCUUUAAGCGACCUUGCCAAAGCUUCUGGCUGAGUUUUUGUUAUGGAAGGACCUAAAAAAAUAAAGGCAGCAAAUCAUUUGCA